UUAAUAAUAAUUUUAAAAAUUUUAUUUCUGUAUUUAUGUUUUCAGAGAGAACAGCCAGACGCGGACGCCCAGGGAUAUCUCAACCCAAAAAUUUGUUCGCUAUUUGGCUAAAAUUUUAAGGAGGGGCUUGAGCAUCUAUAGAAAAAAUGGGGGUUAUGUCCAGACGGGUCGUACCUGUCUGCGGUAACCUCUGUUUUUUAUGUCCUUCGAUGCGUCCAAGGUCAAGACAGCCUGUGAAACGAUACAAGAAAAUGCUGGCAGAGUUAUUUCCUCGUAAUCAGGAAGCUGAACCAAAUGAUAGAAAAAUUGGUAAGCUUUGUGAAUAUGCUUCAAAGAACCCAUUACGAAUUCCCAAGAUUACUGAUCAGCUAGAGCAAAGAUGCUACAAGGAUCUACGGAAUGAGAACUUUGGAUCUGUAAAAGUUGUGGCCUGCAUCUAUGAGAAAUUAUUAUCGUCAUGUAAGGGUCAAAAAGUUCAUUGUUCUUGCAGUCCAUUAUUUGCCAGCAGUUUAUUAGGGAUUGUUCAGACUCUUUUGGAGCAAACUCGACAGGACGAAAUGCAGAUUCUAGCUUGCAGUAUUCUUGUUGAUUUUAUUAAUUCCCAGACGGAUAGUACAUACAUGUUCAACUUAGAAGGUCUUAUUCCUAAACUUUGUCAAUUGGCUCACGAAGUGGGAGAUGAUGAAAGAGCUCUACGCCUACGUUCAGCUGGAAUGCAAGUUCUUGCAAACAUGGUGUGGUUCAUGGGUGAGCAAUCACAUAUCACUAUGGACUUUGACAAUAUUAUUUCAGUGACUUUGGAGAACUACUUUGAUUUUCAAAUGAAACCAGAGGAUGGUAAGGAAGCCAGCCAACAUUCUCAAUCUCAGGACCAGGGGGUUCAAGGAGAACUUAAAGAGGAAUCUCAUGGCUCAUCUUUUCCAGAUAUGAGUGAAAGGGUUUCUUCUCUUAAGAACCCUGUGACUAAUCCUGAUGUGUAUUCAACAACUGACACUUCCAAGAGCCCUUCUUACUGGUCCAAAGUUUGCUUGAAUAAUAUAGCCAGGUUGGCUAAGGAAGCUGCAACAGUGAGGCGUGUGCUUGAACCCCUUUUUUAUCAUUUUGAUGUUGAAAAUCAUUGGUCAUCUGAUACAGGAGUGGCCUGCUCUGUUAUAUUGUACAUGCAGUCACUUUUGGAGGAAUCAGGAGAAAACUCCCACCUGUUGCUAUCUAUCUUGAUCAAGCACUUGGAUCAUAAGAAUGUUGCCAAACAGCCUCGUGUACAGAUUCAUAUUGUUGACAUUGCCACACAACUCACAAAAAAUGCAAAGCUGCAGGCCUCUGUUGCUAUCAUUGGUGCAAUAACAGACUUGGUUAAACAUUUACGAAAAUGCCUGCAAAAUGCAGCUGAAUUAUCGGAUUCUGUGGGUGAUAUGGCUAAAUGGAAUGCUGAUCUUCAGUAUGCCUUAGAAAAUUGCAUCUCACAGCUCUCAAAGAAGGUUGGUGAUGUCGGACCCAUCCUUGAUAUGAUGUCUGGGUUGUUAGAGAAUAUCUCAUAUAAUAUUGUUAUAGCUAGAACAACAAUCUCAGCUGUUUAUAGGACUGCUGAGAUUGUCUCUUCCAUCCCAAAUAUAUCAUACUACAAGAAGGCUUUUCCUGAUGCUCUGUUUCAUCAGUUACUCCUAGCAAUGGCUCAUCCAGACCAUGAAACCCGAGUUGGGGCGCAUAGUGUUUUUUCUGUUGUGCUAAUGCCAUCCCUGGUCUCCCCUUGGUCAGAUCAGGGCGAGGAUACUUCCCAAGCCAUUUCCAGAUUCUUGCCAGUCUCUUUGUCAAAGAAAUUAAGAAGUAUAAGUUUCUCCUCAAAGGAUGAAGGUAAAGAAAAGGAAAAACUCAUGGAUGGACUGCAGGAGGGCAGGGAUACUACCCAAGCCAUUUCCAGCAUCUUGCCAGUCUCUGUGUCAAAGAAAUUAAGAAACGUAAGUUUCUCCUUUAAGGAUGUAGGUAAAGACAAAGAAAAACUCAUGGAUGGAGGACUGCAGGAGGAAAAUCAGGUACCUGGGAGGGAAUUGAAACACUCUCGUAGCCAGUCAUACAGCUUUAAGCGUGCUCUGACUGAUGGAAAAACAAUAACUUCCUUCCGACUGAGUAGCCAUCAAGUGAGUCUUUUGCUUUCAUCAAUCUGGGUUCAGGCAACAUCUGCAGAAAAUAACCCUGCAGAUUUUGAGGCUAUUGCCCACACUUUCAAUGUUGCUUUAUUGUUUACGCGAUUUAAGACAUCCAGCCACAUGGCCUUAGUUCGGUGUUUUCAGCUUGCUUUUUCACUUCGGAGUGUAUCUUUGGUUCAAGAAGGAGGCCUUCAACCAUCUUGCAGAAGAUCACUUUUUACUUUGGCCUCAUACAUGCUUAUUUUUUCAGCAAGAGCAGGCAGUCUCCCAGACCUAAUUCCUAUUGUUAAAGCAUCUCUGACUGAACAAACAGUUGAUCCUUAUCUUGAGUUAGUCGAAGACAUCAGACUGCAGGCUGUAUGUGCAGAAUCUGGUAAGAUGAAGGUAGCAUAUGGUUCAGAGGAAGAUGAAGUUUGUGCACGGAAAUCUCUGUCUGCAAUAGAAUUAAAUGACCAUCAGUUGAAGGAAAUUGUGAUAUCCCACUUCAUGAAUAAAUUUGCGAAUUUGUCAGAGGUGUAUUUUCUCCCCCAGGAUGAAUUAUCAGGCAUAAAGGACCAACUUUUGGAAGGAUUUUCCCCUGAUGAUGCAUAUCCGGUGGGAGCUCCAUUGUCUGUGGAGACUCCACAAUCAUCUUCUCCUCUUGUUGGAAUGGAGUUACGGGCCUUUGAUGAGGUCAUGCCAUCAGCAGACUUGACUGAUGAAGAGGCCUCUCCUGAAGCUAUCGGAAGGCAGUCAGAUAGAAAAUCAUCACUAUCAAUUAAUAAACUUGAUGUUAUAAAUGUUCAUGAGCUUUUGGAAUCGGUUUUUGAAACUGCUCGACAAGUUGCUAGCUUGCCAGACUCUUCUACUCCAGUACCUUAUGACCAAGUAAAGAGUCAGUGUGAGGCCCUUGGAACAGGCAAACAGCAGAAGAUGUUAAUGCUUCAAAGUUUCAAGCAUCGACAGGAAACCAUGGCAAUAGUUAAUUCUAGUGAAAAUGAGGAGCACAACUACCUCCAGUUACCAAACAUUAAUGCGGGUUUUCCAGAAGGAAAUCUCAAGUCGAUUAAUAACAAUAAAGUCCGAGCAUGGGAUCAGCUUGCUCGAAGCUCGCGAAAAUUUGGACAUUCUUUUCGGUUACCUGACUUACCUCCCUCAAGCCCAUACGACAAAUUCUUGAAAACAGCCGGAUGCUAAAGACUUGUUAAAAUUUGGUUAGAUUGCUUGCAUCUAUGCUCGAUCUCCUGAAUCAGGAACUAGGAGUGAGAGGAUAAUUUUUGCAUCAUGAUCACCAUAGUUGCCAUUUGAUUCUGUGAAAUGGUCGUGAUUGCUUGUACUGAGAGAUGGCUCUGAUUUUUGCAAUGCAAUAUGAGGAUUUGUAAAGGUUUUUGGGAGAGUAGAUAUAUAAAUUCUACAUAAUUAUUUUUUAUUUUUGCUCUUGCAUGAUCUCUUGUAUCUCUGUAAUUUAGUCCAAUUCAAUUUGUUUCUUUCAUAUGUAAUUUUUUUUUUUUUUAAACCUAGACGGGGCUAUGGCCUGGAUAAGGGGUUGGUUAAAGACAAACCCAAUUUGACUAGUUAUGUAAUAUAUUUAAAUAAAUAUUAAAAUAAUUUUAUUUA